AUGCAGAAAGCCUUCCUGCUCUUCUCCCAGAGCAUCCCCUCCCACAACGAGCUGGGCAUUAUCGACCCGAAAGCAUCGACCCUUGAGCUCACCGUCAGCGGCCGUGACCUGACCGUGACCCAGUCCCCCAGCGUCCUGUCCUCAAAUAGGGCUGGGAACAACAGGGGCCGAUCCGCAGUCGUGUGGAAGGUCACACCCAUGUUCGCCUCGUGGCUGGCCUCACCCACAAAUAUCCUCUUCAGGACCGGCGUGCUCUCAGCAUCGUCCACGGUGCUCGAGCUGGGCUGCGGCGUCUCGGCCCUGGUCGGCCUCGCCCUCGGCCCCCUCGUCUCCCGCUACGUCCUAUCGGACCAGCCCUACGUAGCCAGGUUCGUCGAGCAGAACCUGGAGCAGAACCGUGGUCCCUCGCCAGCCAGGCCCCAAGGCGGCAAGGCGCGCGGCAGGGGCAAGGCUUCUACUUCUUCAUCAUCUCCGGGCGCGGGAGGGAGCAUCACCUUCCACCCCCUCGACUGGGAGGCCGACACCCCGACCGCGGAGCUCACCGGCCGCGGCGCCGCCACGAGGUCCUUCGACCUCGUCCUGGGCUGCGACUGCGUCUACAACGAGGCGCUGGUCUCGCCCUUCGCGCAGACGUGCCUGGACGCGUGCCGGCUGCGGUCUGCAGACGGCUGCGGGGCCGAGGGGGCGCCCGUGCGGCCGCCUUGUGUAUGCCUCGUCGCGCAGCAGCUGCGGGACCCUGAAAUCUUCGAGGCAUGGUUGCGCGAGUUCUGCGCGAAGGGUUUUAGGGUCUGGAGGGUCCCGGACGGCGAGCUGCCCGAGGGCCUCCGGAGCAACAUGGGGUUUGUGGUUCAUGUCUGUGUUUUACCAUAA